GACUCAAUUCAUCUUUCCCAGCAGCGCAAAUUUUCAGAGCGCACAGCUAAUCAUAGAAUAAUCGGUGUCUACUGCGCACACCGGAAUGAGUGAACGAUUUGCCUACACUCCCAUCAUUUUAUGUCCAUUAUUUUAUUGCUUUGAGUAGAAUGAUUUUGCUUUUCUCCGCUGCAGCUUUUGCUUUGGAUGGCAUUCUAUCUCAAGAAAGGACGAGCCCCUCUUCUCUCACAGAAGCAUAGCAUUUCUCUGCAAGAGAGACAUACAAGCCCUAUGCAGGUGAGCAUUAGGCCAGCUAACUAUAGAAUGUCGCUUUGCAUUUCUUUAUUUAGUGUCUAGUGUUACUUGGAAAGUUAGUAUUUUGGUUGUUGUUGCAUUGAGCAAAUCGGACACACAAAGAAUACGAAGAAAAACGCAGCAAGAGUCGAGAAUCAUAAGAGGACCUCUCGCGCAAGCCUCAACAUCUCACCGAGUCUCACCCUCAUACCUCAGGAAAAAUGUCAUCUCAAACUAGAGUCAAGAAGGACAAGGAGAUCAUAGGAGAAUAUGAAACUCAAGUCAAAGAGAUCCGUAACCAGCUGGUGGAGCAGUUCAAAUGCCUGGAGCAGCAGUCCGAGUCUCGUAUCCAGCUGCUGCAGGACCUGCAGGACUUCUUCCGCCGCAAGGCUGAGAUCCAGCUGGAGUACUCCCGCAGCCUGGAGAAACUGGCCGAGCGAUUCUCCAACAAGAUCCGCAGCUCCAGAGAACACCACCAGUUCAAGAAGGACCAGCACCUGCUGUCCAGUGUGAACUGCUGGUACCUGGUACUGAAUCAGACCAGGAGAGAGAGCAGGGACCACGCCACCCUCAAUGACAUCUAUACCAACAACGUUAUCGUCCGCCUCGCCCAGAUCAGCGAGGACGUAAUCCGCCUCUUCAAGAAGAGUAAGGACAUUGGGAUUCAGAUGCAUGAGGAGCUGGUGAAAGUGACAAACGAACUCUACACUGUGAUGAAGACCUACCACAUGUACCACACAGAGAGCAUCAGCGCUGAGAGCAAGCUGAAGGACGCUGAGAAGCAGGAGGAGAAGCAGUUCAGUAAGUCUGCUGACCUCAACGUCCACCUGCUGCGCCACGAGGACCGGCCCCAGAGACGCAGCUCCGUCAGGAAGAUCGAGAAGAUGAAAGAGAAGAGGCAAGCCAAGUACUCCGAAAACAAGCUGAAGUGCACUAAAGCCCGCAACGACUAUUUGUUGAACCUGGCAGCAACGAAUGCCGUUGUGGCGAAAUACUACAUCCACGAUGUCUCUGAUAUGAUUGAUUGCUGCGACCUGGGCUACCAUGCCAGCCUGGCACGUACCUUCAGGACCUACCUGUCAGCUGAGUACAACCUGGAGACUAGUCGCCACGAGGGCCUGGACAUCAUGGAGAACGCCGUGGACAACCUAGACUCCCGCAGCGACAAGCACAAGAUCAUGGACAUGCACAACCAGGUGUUCUGCCCUCCCAUGCGCUUCGAGUACCUGCCCCACAUGGGGGACGAGGUGUGUCAGGUGAGUGCCCAGCAGCCUGUGCAGACUGAGCUCCUGAUGCGCUACCACCAGCUGCAGUCCCGCCUGGCCACGCUCAAGAUCGAGAACGAGGAGGUGAGGAAGACACUGGACGCCACCAUGCAGACCAUGCAGGACAUGCUGACUGUGGAGGACUUUGAUGUGUCCGAUGCUUUCCAACAUAGCCGCUCCAAUGAGUCCAUGAAGUCUGUUGCCUCUGAGACCUACAUGAGCAAACUGAACGUGGCCAAGAGACGGGCGAACCAGCAGGAGACAGAGGUCUUCUACUUCACUAAAUUUAAGGAGUUCCUGAACGGCAGCAACCUCAUCAUUAAACUGCAGGCCAAGCAUGACCUCCUGAAGCAGACACUGGGAGAAGGAGAAAGGGCUGAAUGUGGGACUACGAGGCCCCCCACUCUACCCCCUAAACCACAGAAAAUGCGGAAGCCUAGGCCGCGCUCCAUCUAUAACCAUAAACUGUUUAACGGCAAUAUGGAGACCUUCAUCAAGGAUUCAGGUCAACCUAUUCCUCUUGUGGUUGAGAGCUGUAUUCGACACAUCAAUUUGUAUGGGCUCCAGCAGCAGGGCAUAUUCCGUGUGCCUGGAUCCCAGGUGGAGGUUAAUGAUAUUAAAAACUCAUUUGAGAGAGGCGAAGACCCAUUGAUUGAAGACCAGAAUGAACAUGACAUCAACUCAGUGGCAGGGGUCCUCAAGCUGUACUUCAGGGGCCUGGAGAACCCUCUGUUCCCCAAGGAACGCUUCCUGGAUCUCAUGUCUACUAUAAAGCUGGAGUCUGGAGCUGAGAGAGCGCAUCACGUCCAGCAGAUUGUUGUGACUCUUCCUCGCACCGUCAUCAUCGUUAUGAGAUACCUGUUCGCUUUCCUCAAUCAUCUAUCCCAGUACAGUGAUGAGAACAUGAUGGAUCCCUAUAACCUGGCCAUCUGCUUCGGCCCCACCCUGAUGCCCAUCCCCGAUGGACAGGACCCUGUAGCCAUCCAGGCGCAUGUCAAUGAGGUCAUCAAGACCAUCAUCAUCCACAACGAGGUCAUCUUUCCCAGCCACCGUGAGCUGGACGGGCCAGUCUAUGAGAAGUGCAUGACUGGAGGAGAGGAGUACUGUGACAGCCCCCACAGUGAGCCAGGCACAAUUGAUGAGGCUGACAACGGGACUGAGCCACACACCAGUGAUGACGAGGUGGAGCAGAUUGAGGCCAUCGCUAAGUUUGACUAUGUGGGGCGCACCCCCCGGGAGCUAUCCUUUAAGAAGGGAGCGUCACUACUGCUGUAUCACCGCGCCUCCGAGGACUGGUGGGAGGGGCGGCACAAUGGUGUGGACGGACUGAUCCCACACCAGUACAUUGUGGUGCAGGACCUGGAUGAUGCGUUCUCAGAUAAUCUCAGUCAGAAGGCGGACAGCGAGGCGAGCAGCGGACCACUGCUGGAUGACAAGGCCUCAUCCAAAAACGAUGUCCCAUCACCGUGUGAACACUCCCCCGACUGCAACUUUGGAGGAGUCAUGGGAAGGGUGAGGCUACGUUCUGACGGGGCCGCCAUCCCUCAGCGCCGCAGCGGAGAGACCCACAGCCCUCCCCGGGGAACAGACACACCCCCGCGGGCCGCAGCCUGUCCCAGUAGCCCCCACAAGAUGACAGUGAGCAGGAGUCGCAUGGAGAGCCCGGAGAAGAGGCGCCUGGGCACAUUUGGCAGUGCGGGCAGCAUCAACUAUGCUGACAGGAAGGUCUACCCCGAGGGCCACCCCCUGAGACACGUACCAGGGGCCACACGCCACAGCAGCCUGGGGGACCACAAGUCACUGGAGGCUGAUGCCCUGGCAGAGGACAUAGAGAAGACCAUGACCACGGCCCUACAUGAGCUGCGUGAGCUGGAGCGCCAAAACAUGGGCAAGCAAGCACCAGACGUGGUGCUGGAUACCCUGGACACCACCAUGAAGAAGCCUGUGAACUCGGAGCCCGGCAGCCCCCUCCACACCAUUAUGAUCCGCGACCCGGACGCCGCCAUGCGCCGCAGCAGCAGCUCCACCUCUGAAAUGAUGUCCACCUUUAAGCCUGCCUUGUCGGCACGUCUGGCCGGAGCCCAACUGCGCCCCCCGCCCAUGAGGCCCUUCCGCCCGCCCCCCACCGGGCACCGCUCCUCCAGCUCCAGUUCCUCCGGGAUAGGAAGCCCUGCUGUCACCCCCACUGAGAAGAUCUUCCCCAACAGCACUGCCGCGGCUAACGCAGCCGGGGACAAGUCAGGCACCAUGUAACUCUGAGGGAGACUCUGGGUUUUCAUGUUGCAACAGCUUGAAGGAGAAGAAAGCCCAUAGAAAUGCGAUGUGUUGUCAAUAUGUUCUCAGAGAACAUGUGUGGAUUUUCCCUCUCCUUGUUUUGAGUUUCACUUUAUUUCUUGAAUUCAGAAAGCUCCUGGAGUGAGCCUGAGUUGCCAUAGUGAUGGCAGGUGGAGAGGCUGUAGGGGUUUGAUAGCAUAUUAUCUCAACACUCUGAAGCUUGAUGUGAAAAUGGACUUGAAAAGAAUGACUAAAAUCACCUCAAAGUAAAAGUCAUUUUUUCGUUUUUACCUCAAAAUGAUGUCUGUGGACAGGCCCCGCUUUUUAGAGAUUCAUUGACUGCAAGACGUGAAGAAGUACUUGUGUAAUUUUAGCAUUGGUUUUCAUCCUGCACUGGUCCAGAUGAUGUCUGAUCCCUCCUUACUGGUGUGUAUGAGACUCUUCUCUCUGGACUGGACACUCAGUCUACCAGACUGCUUCUAAGAGACUGAAACCAAGAUGGCCAUCUGCCUUUUGGCUGUAAAUAGAGACUUACUUGAAGUUGUUAUGCCUUUUGUUUGUACUGUAGUAUAAGGGAUGUUCAUAAAAGUAACAACAUGUCAACAUUGUAUACGUAUAUGAGAUGCAGAAAACUGAACCAAUAUACCAACUUAUUGUAAGAAACUCAAAAUGUAGUUUAACUUGUAUAUAGUUAUUGAUUAGUAUGUAUUUUUUGUGUGUGUUUAUCUUGUACAGGCCAAGACGGAACAGGCAAGUAGAUGUGAAUGGCAUUGUCAAAAAACAAACACAAAUAGUCAACCAGCAAACAACGAAAAAAGAUCAAAAAGUUUCUGCUUCCUUUGUCUCACACAUCACAGCACUGACAGUUGUGGUUAGAGUAUGUGGACAUGUGGAUGUCAUCAUACCACACAUUGUAUUUAUGAGUUAAAACUACAUUUGCGCUUCUCUACUCAAAUGGAUCCUGAUUCUGUCUUCUGCCCACAGCAGUUCUGCAUGCACUGUAAAUAAGGCCAAGUCAGUCUCCAGUUGAGUUGAGUCUGCUCUUAUUCCAUUUGUAGUGUUGAAAUGCUUUAUCGUUCCUCAUAUACAUACUUCCAAUAUAUUAUUCAGAUUUAAGACAGUAAAAUGAGUGUAUUAUACCAUAGUUUGCCAUGGUACGGUGUGAGCCCCGUUUUAUGAGUUUGUAAUACUGUGAGAAUACUGUUGACCAUGUCCCUUUACCCCAUAGCCCCUCACUGUUCCAACAGCUCAACACAAGAGCCUGUCUUCUGCUGACACAGUAACCUGUGUGAAGUCAGUCCACAACUAGACACUAAUUUGUGUUCCUUCGACGCACCCGAUGUCAUACUAUACACACUUUGCCAUCUUUAAAGCAACCUCUUGCCUGUUCAAGUCUGAUUUAUGUAAUACUUUCUACGCACAAAAUAUGUUACAAAGUACUGUUACAAUAUUCCUUUUGAUCUGAAAUGUGAUACCUUACCUAGACAACUCCAGUGUUGCCUGAGAAGUUGAUGUAAAUGUUGUGAUAUAAUAACAGCAGAACAGUGGUCUUACCUCUCCUCCCCUUGGUUCUAACAUCCUCACUGUCAUGUUCCAGUGUCUCAUCCCACUUCUUGUUUUCAGUUCUUUGUAGCGAGGAAAUAUAAGUGCGUACUGAAAGAGGUUGACACUGUAGGCCUAUACUGUAGCUGCCAUGUUAAAUUGUAGCUGGCCCAAGCCCGCUCCUGCCUCUGCUCAGUACUAUAGUUGUGUGUUUGGACUGCCUUAUCCCUGCCCUGCCCUGUCCUGCAUGUUUUAUGCUGUACCAUUUGACACAAACAAUGUGACAAUUGAACAAUGACUGUUUGCGGUGCCUUUCCUCUGUAAAACGCACAAGUGACUUAAUGUUUCGGCCUUUUGCUUUCGAGGGUUGGGCUAUACUCUAGUAGUUAACCAUUUUGGAAUAUGUGAAUACCUGUUGAAUACCUGUUGUCACUAACAUGUAGCAGUAACAUGUGGGCAAUGGAAGUGAAUUGGCAGCCAAGGUGGGACAAAAAGUCAAGGACAGAUAUAUCAACCUGAAUCUCAUGCUGUGAUUCCAAUAUCAAUCAUAUGUACAUUAUUCAGCCACUGUUGUGUGUGCAAAUCUUGAUUUCAUACACAUAGUUUCCUAUGAGAUACAUACAUACUUUCACUGGAAAAAGUUGUCAUGAUCUCAUCCCAGUGAUUUGUUUGCCAUGUGCGUUUUGUUUACCACAAACAUUGCAGUCAAUUCUGUCCACCUCCAUCUGUUGACCCCUGCUGGGUAGAUUCUAGCCUCAAACAGCAUAAGUUAUACACUUACACCCUCUGCUGGUCAUAUAUGGUAUUGCUUUAACUAGAAGUACUGUGAUUCUGGUCAGGUAUGAGUAAACAGAUGGCACUCUCCAUCAAUAGGAACUGUCACUGAUGACAACCAAAUCAUGUUUUUUUUUCAUCCCGUUGAACUACAAGAUUUACAUAACAUUUUUGUAUUAACCACAGUUCUCAUCGGUAUAACUGAAGAGUCCAUUUAAGUUCAUUUUUCUCAAACAUACAUAAGCUGUAUUUUCAAAGAUAAAGUAAAACACAUACUAAAUGUUGAUUUGCAAAAGUAAAAUGUAUAUAUUUGUUUAUUAGUAUUUUGUUUAUUUAUGUCUAAAAUGAGUAAGUGCCUUUUGUGCACAUCAUCAGUUUUUAAUGAACUUGUAUAAUUACCUUUUUUAACGAUAUAGUAAUUCAGUCAUGUUUGAUAUUCACUUUUAUCAUAUUUUCCCCCUUUCCACACAUCAUUUCAUCUGAGGAAUAUCAAGAAAACAAGUGAUGUAAAUAUGUACUGUACACAUUGCUAUAGAGGAAUUACUAUGACCCCUUCAGAUGUCAUACUACCAGAACGACUGAAAUGUAGUAUUUACUUGUAUGAUUGAUUGUCUAAUAUGCUCUAGUUGAUUCCUGGAGGUGUAAGAGAUUUAUAAAGAAGACUUGGACUGCUGUACAUUUACUCAUUGAUGGCAUCGUUCAGUGAAAUCAUCUCUGAUUGAUCAUUUCAUCCUUUCUUUCUGUUUUCUGUCUGUGCUGUGGUUGAACCUUUACUUCUUCUACUCAUAUACUCAUCCUCCCCCUGCAAAGUGAACGCACCAUUGCAGUGUUACUCCUCUACUUGCAUGGUUUAUAAGGCAUAUGGUGAACUCUCUUCUUCUUUGAGCUGGAUAUGAUGUUCUGUUCAAGGAAGUGUUUUGAUUUCUGGAAUGUAUGCUAAACCUGGGUAAUGGAUGUUGUAUGUUGGCUAAUAACAAUGCUUAUGAAGUAACAUUCAGAGACCAAACUGGCUGAGUGCCUGUGGUGGGGAGUGUGAGUUGUCGUCAUACUGUUUUCUCUCUCUCUCUCUCUCUCUCUCUGUCUCUCUCUCUCAUGUCUCCCUGUUCAUGAGUGCUGACUGGUUAAAUCCCUUGUAAUGUAAUGUACACCAUGCCACUGUUUGGAUGUUGAGAACCGUUAUGUCCAAAUAAAAAAACUAAUGUUGCCCUCUGA